CGGUCUCCUGGCAACCAGAUGCAGGGGCCAUGGCACUCUUAACACCCCACGGAGUGAGAGAAGUCUUCCAAUUUCAGAGACCACAAGGUCGGGAGCACCUGAGGAGGCUUCUGAACUGGGAGGAAUUUGAUGAACAAAGAGAUUCCCGGAGGAGCAUCCUACUGGACACCCUCUAUGAGAGCAUCAUCUUUGCAGUGGGCAAAGGCUUCCCAUGGGUGGAGGUAGCCCAAGUGGUCAAGUUCACAGAAGAGCUGCUAAGGGAAACCAAAGGCUGCUCCGUUACUGAGGCUGUGAUGAUUCUGGGGAACAAGCUCAGAGAUUACCAGGGCCAUUUCAACCCCACCCACCUGCUGGCCCUCUGUGACUACUUCCACCACACCUUCAUCCACCACUACAAACUCUACCAGUAUGUCCUGGGCCAGGACCAGCAGGUCGACCUGACUGUUGCCCACCUGGAAGUGUGCAUGCCACCCCAGCCCCUCCCGCUGGCCGAGGGCAUGGACAGGGGCUUGUGGACCCAUGAGCAGCAGGUGGCUGCGCUGACCGAGGCCGAGGCACAGAAGCGCGCCGACAUGCUGCUCCUGAAGGAAGCGCUGCUCCUGGAGCAGGAGAACUCGCUGCAGAAGGCGUUCACCUCCGCCAUGCCCGCGCACCCCAGCCGGGUCCUGGAGAGACAGGAGCUGGAGAGCCUCGUCCACCAGGCCGUCCACAUCCAGAUGGAGCUCCUGCAGAAGCUGCUGCAGUGCCAGAUCCAGAACACUUUCGCCAUCUUGGACCUGAAGCUUCAGAAGAAGACUCUGAACCUCAACGCCCCCGCCCCUUUCCCGCCCCCCAUCACCAGCCACGCAGGCCAGGAGGAAGCCCUGAAGCCCCACAAAGCAAGUAAAGGAAAGAAUGCGAAGGCAAGGAAGUAGAAGGCCCCGACCGCCACCCCAGACUGACUGGGGACCGACCAGCCAUCCACAGCCGUGAGUUGUGCGGCAUGGUGAGCUCAGCACCCACAGAGACUUCUUGCGAUAAAAAGAAACAAACCCAUGC